AUGCCGAGGACCUUGUCUACCCGCCACACACUCACCCACCAAUUAUGUAACGUCACCCGCGCCUUACAGCUAGGAUAUGACGAGCAAGUCGUCCAGCUCAUGCAAAAACUGCCCUACCUCAAAUGGACCGUCGCCCACGACGAGAAGAAAUAUAUCCUCGGCCGAACGGCAUUCGUAAACUACACUAACGAAGAAGACCUCAAGGAAGGUCGCCGGCCAUACCCGUACUGUUACAUGGACAAUGCUGUUGACCUUGAUCCGUGGUUGUUGCCGUUGAUGCUCCCAUGGCGAGAUGGUUGGCUAGUGCUGCUCGACACCCGCCUCGGCGCUAUACGCGCGUUUGCCCCCGACAGCUUCUACCGGCCCGAGAUGGUCGAGUUCCUUCGCCACGGCCCGCGACCUACAGACCCCGAUCAGGACCCGCAUUCGUGGCGCCGCGUGCCAACCGUCCCCGUCAUGCACUACUUCAACACCCUCAUUAGGGUAUAUCGCUCUCUGGAACGGCUCCCCAUCAUCAACCCUGACAGGAACGACCCUGCAGAGACACGCUACAUCCCCCCACAUCAGGAUUCAUGGCUUUCACAAAAGGAGUGGAAACUGCAAUCAACGCUGCUUGAUCUCUACAGAGAAUGCGGAUGGCCAGACGCCUGGCGGCGCACUGAAUUUCUCGUCAAAUGGAGGGUCAAAAAGGCUGAAAUAGAUGCCUGGGCACGCGAAUAG